AUGGCAAAGAAGAGCCGGAAAAGUCACAGUCAACAUUGGCAUCCGAUGGGAGAUAAUGCACAAGAUCCUGAUAAAAACUCUGGCGAAGCGAAACUUGCAUUGAUGAAACUCAACAGGACUGAACCACUCAAUUUGAAUAUUUGCAUAGCUCACAAGGAACCGAGUGCAAACGACUCGUCAAGAAUGAGCGAAAUUAUAGUAAAUGGUAAAGAGACAAAUUGUAAUGCUGUACCAAAGCAAGAAAGAGCGGAACUCGCGGAUCAUGGGGUGAGCGUGCUAAUCAAGACUUUUUCAAACAUGAGAAGAACAAGAAGAAGAGAGGUUCUUACU